AUGCUGCAAAUCAUUGAUCUGAAUGUUGUCACAAGAGAAGAUCAAUUGGUACCGAUUAUUCAGGAUUGUUUAAGACAUCACAGCGCUUUUCUACUGAAAAACUACGCAAAUAUGGACGCGGUGCAAGCGCUGUUGACAGUGCUGAAAGAGGAAAAACCUAACGCAUUGCAAGGAUUUGAUAGGAGUUUUAGCGGUGCGGAAAGCUUGGAAGGUGGUGUCUCAGUGGAACAAUAUGUGGGGCGACCAGACAGUUUAGGUUUGCGAAAUUCUAAUAUUGGGAAACUAACCUCUAGAUUGAUCAGAAUCUCUACUUUCUUUGCAAAAGCCUGUUUGGAAUCAGCGGGUGGGGCCAAUGCAAUUUCUGCUGCACUGGACGAUGCGAGAAAUUGCUGUGUUAAAUUUACGAGAUUCUACAGAUCCACCUCAAAUUCUAUCCUAGACUUGAACUUCGAUUACGAGGACGAGUACAGGCUUCACGGCUCUCCAGGAAUCAUCUCGGUCUUUCCUGUGGCCCAGGGUAUCAAGUAUAAAGUCAAUGACGGAUGGAAAGUGAUCGAAGAACCGGAUUGUAUUUUGGUGCAGACUGGCAGCUUGUUGUCGGCUUUUUCCAAUAACAAAACGCAUGCUGCGGAGGAAAUCAAGUUUCCUACGUCAUGCGUUAUGCAUUUUACGAUAUUUCCAUCAUUACAGACUACCGUUUUUGGUUCCAAAACUGUGUUUGACAUUCUGCUAGGCAGUCAAAUCCGGGACUUCCCGGACGUAACAUCAAAGUUAUACCCAAGAGAGUUCUCUAUCAACGCUCUCAUUGCAAAAGUAGAUUUCUGCAAAAACAUUUUCAACGUCACUGAUUCCGUUCUGUCUCUCUACUCGAUCUCAAGAUCGCUAAUGACAUCAGCUCCAGAGCUGCACACGCUCUUACCACAAAUAUCAAACAUGCUCAAACGCAAAGUCUCACAGGACGACUUUCUCAGAAUGAUGAGUAUUUGGGACGAGGCCUAUGCCUUGGAGUUCAAUAACAGCUUCGAGAUUACAAUACGACCUCCCUCUAGUGGCAUCAUGAAUCAUCUGUCGAAUAAAUCGCGAAAACUAAACUAUACAGAGAAGGCCAAUGAAUGGCUUCUACAGGCGACUCAAGCAGAACAUAUUCCGUUAAAUGUACCUAUACUCAGUGUCAGGAAAAGACGGGGAAGUGACAGUCUCGGUGAAACUUCAGAAAAUUAUAAUAAUGCUUCCGAUGGCAACGAUGCUACUGGCCCAUCUUCUGGUCGAAAGCUGGCAACCUUAAAGAAAAAUAGGUCCAGAGGAUACAUUUCUAAUACCAAAGAGAAGUUUAUGUUCAAGGAAGAAACAUCGAAUGGAGAUGUUCCUCUGCUUGAAAGGAUUCGUGAGAAAGAGCGGAGAGCAGCAGCAUUGCUUUCUCAAAGAGAACGUCACCAUGAACAGUUUUUGAAUGUCAAGACUUACCAAAUUUUCAACAUUCUGUUCUCGCUGCCCCAGAACAAACCAUACACUAUUACGCACCUUACAUCGCUGAUUAUUGAUAGCCUUUCAGACAGUAAUAAUCCUAUUGGUGAGAACGAGACGCAUCAAGUUCUCUUACGUCUGCAGAACAUAUUGCCUGACCGCAUUCAUAUGAUUGAAGCUGAGGGGGACUUGAAGGUAUUCAGAUGGACAGAUCUUGACAGAGCAUUGUUAAAGGAAAGAAUGGGCUAUAUGGCGUGA